AUGCGCUUGACGGCAUUCUUGAACAGCCAAAACACAGAUCUUGCCGCUGAAGUUGGCAAAAACCUGUACGUUGAUAAUAUCAUGAUGACUGCCGACACUGCAGAGGAAGCUAUACAAAAGUAUCGAGAAUCUAAGAUACUACUCGCGAAAAUCGGUAUGAAUUUUAGGGAUUACCUAUCAAAUUCGAAUGAGGUUAACUCUCAAAUACCGAUUCGUGAUAGACUGGAAAAUGGUCCUUUGAAAUUUCUUGAUGUCAACUACAGUACAAUCCGAGAUUAUUUCAAAGUUACGACACAUUUCCGACCAGUCAGUCAACUAACAAAAAAAGGAGAUCGUGAGUCAACUAAACUCGGUUUAUGA